UUAUAAGAGAUUGUAUUUGUUGCUUUGGACUUUUCAUAUUGCCUUUCCUUUGCUUCUCUGCUCUGCUCUGUUCUGAGCCAUUUAUAGUUAUUUAACUGCAUUCCAGGCAUUAGUUGAAAUCUCAAGGGGGAGAAGAUGGACUAUGUUAAUGGACCUGGAAGAAACCAUUUGUUUGUUCCGGGACCUGUUAAUAUCCCGGAACAAGUUCUCCGUGCGAUGAACCGGAACAACGAGGAUUACAGAUCCCCAGCUGUUCCAGCUCUCACAAAGGUCUUGCUUGAGGAUGUCAAGAAGAUUUUCAAGACAACUAGUGGAACUCCAUUUCUGAUCCCAACUACAGGAACUGGUGCAUGGGAAAGUGCACUCACAAACACGUUGUCUCCUGGUGAUCGCAUUGUAUCUUUCCUCAUCGGUCAGUUCAGUCUGCUUUGGAUUGAUCAACAGAAACGUCUCAACUUUGAUGUUGAUGUUGUUGAGAGUGACUGGGGCCAAGGUGCAGACCUUGAAGCUUUAGCCUCCAAAAUCGCAGCUGAUAAGUCGCAUACUAUUAAGGCGAUUUGCAUUGUGCAUAAUGAGACAGCCACUGGAGUUACCAACAACUUGGCUACUGUAAGGAAAAUACUCGAUCACUACCAGCAUCCUGCUCUCUUACUUGUUGAUGGAGUGUCCUCAAUUUGUGCACUUGAUUUUCGCAUGGAUGAAUGGGGCGUUGAUGUGGCGCUUACUGGUUCGCAGAAAGCACUUUCCCUUCCCACCGGACUCGGGAUAGUCUGUGCUAGUCCCAAGGCUCUUGAGGCCGCCAAAACUGCAAAAUCAGUGAGAGUUUUCUUUGACUGGAGUGAUUACCUUAAGUUCUACAAGAUGGGAACUUAUUGGCCAUAUACUCCUUCAAUCCAACUUUUGUAUGGACUCCGAGCUGCUCUCGACCUUCUUUUUGAGGAAGGUCUCGAAAAUGUUAUUGCAAGACACGCUCGCCUGGGCAAAGCAACAAGACUUGCCGUGGAGGCAUGGGGAUUGAAGAACUGUACUCAGAAGGAGGAAUGGUUCAGUGACACCGUCACAGCUGUGGUUGUUCCUCCAUAUAUCGAUAGUGUUGAAAUCGUGAAAAGGGCAUGGAAGCGAUACAACUUAAGCUUAGGUCUUGGCCUAAACAAAGUGGCAGGAAAGGUUUUCAGAAUAGGACAUCUUGGCAACUUGAAUGAGUUGCAACUACUGGGAUGUCUUGCUGGAGUGGAAAUGGUACUUAAGGAUGUUGGUUAUCCAGUGAAGUUUGGUAGUGGAGUUGCAGCUGCUAGUACUUUCCUCCAAAAUUCCACUCCCCUUAUCCCAUCCAGGAUUUAAUUCAAUUAUUAUAAGUAUACAAAAGCAAUGCUUGUAAUUAUUGUCACUUUUGUUCAUUGUCCAGAUACUGUUUGAGAAUACUUUUGUAAAAUUGCAGAAUUUGUUGUUUCUUUUUUCUUCUUU